UUGAGACGUUGUUGAACAGGCAAAAGUCCAGCAACUAACGCAACGGCGUCGUUCCCGCGUUUUUAUGUUUCGAAUAAUUUUCCUUUGAUUUUUUUUAUUUUCAAAAUUUUUUUUUCCUCAAUUUGAAUCGAUUUUUGGAGCUUUGAAAUAUCUCAAAUCAUGUUGACGCGGAUUUCGAUCGUUUUUCUUAUCAUUCAUCUCCAAUCGUUUCGCGCUUCCGGUUGGCCAUCCGCCUUCAAAUUGUGGUCGACGUAUCACGAAAACGAAUUCCAGUCAGAACAGGCCAGGGCAGUUCUGAACUUCUUCCCGGUCCCGGUCGAGGAGGAAUGCAUGAGCGAGGACAAACGUCGUCGAGGAAUAUGCAUGAACACGUACGAGUGCCGAAUUCAGCAGGGCCAAUCCCACGGCCCUUGCGCUCUCGGAUUCGGCGUAUGCUGUAUCUUCACGACGAGCUGCGGUGGCGAGGUCCAGAAUAAUCUUACGUACGUCCUCAGUCCCGGCUUCCCGAAUCUCGUCGAUCAACCUCUGAAUUGUUCAAUAUUCGUCAAGAGAAUCGAGCCCCACGUCAGCCAACUCAGAAUCGACUUCGUACACUUCAAUAUCGGCCAACCAAAUCGGAAAAACGGACUCUGCGAUCAAGACCUCAUGGAAGUCAAAAGCGGCGGUACGAGUAUUCAAAUCUGUGGAUGGAACAGCGGGCAACACAUUUACAUGGACGUGGACGAGGAAGGAACGAUGCUAGAAUUUCGGUUGCCGAACGCGCAGCAAUCGCGUAUGUGGGAGAUGAGAGUUGUCCAGUUGGCGUUCGAGCAGCGUGCACCUGCCGGUUGUUUGCAAUAUUUCGAUGCACCUCGCGGUACACUCAAGACGCUAAAUUAUCUGCCUAACGGGAGAUAUCUCGCGAAUCAGGAUUAUCUCCUGUGCGUGCGUCAGGAGAGGGGAAUGUGCAGCAUCUCUUACAGUCCCUGUACAGUCGAUUCGUUUCGAAUCGGUCCCUCGAGGUUCCCAAUGAGGAAUGCGAGCGCUGACCCAAUGACGGGCAGCGCCACCGUCAACAAUGGCGCGCCCACCAACCAAAAUAAUCAGAAUCUCGUCGAAGGAUCGGGAACCGAGGAUACCACUGUGAUAACCAACUUACCGACGACCAGCACACGAUGCAGCGAUCGAGUUCUCAUACCCUGCGACUUUGAAGAAUUCAUCACGCCUGGCAACGACGGUGCCGGUCUCUGCGAUCUCGAGCACUGCGGGAAUUCGCUCUGCGGACCGAACGAGAUCGACGCCGAUGGUAAUUGCCGCGUGGAAACCUCGGCAACUCCUUUCCACAUAAGAAUUGCAUUCGGAGCCGGUGACGAGAGCGGAAACGUUUCGGUCGAAGACAAAGCAGGAAUGUGCCUUACUUUCGAACAACUGCCCUGCAUGAUUUGAGAGGAUGGGAUU